AUGCCUAUAUUACCAACUCUACAAAACAUUGCUUCAUCUAAAGCAUCAGCAACAGCUUCAAGUGCUUUGUUCAAAGAAGCUGGCACUGAUGUUCUUGUUAGAUGUUCACAAUCACAUGGCGGUGGCGUUCGACUUCGAACAAAUAUGUGUAAAUUCAAUGAAAAUCAGAUCGUUAAUGCUACUAUUGGUUUUCCAAUUAUGGUUAUAGUGUCUAUAAAACGACAUUCAUCAUGUUUGUCUUUUAAAGAUCAUAUCUAUGAUCAUAGAGCUAUUAAAACCUUUUGGAUUCCUUAUGAUGAUAUUGUUUCAGAUGAGGAUGCAACAAAUAUUAUAUCAAAACUAAUUUGUUUGAUGAAUGUAAUUCCCAUGUUGAAUGAGCAAUGUAUAAGUUAUAGUGAUACUAAGACAAGUAGUACCAUGAUGUUGACAAAUAAGGAUAGUUUGAUUUCAAAGAUUAUGAAUUUUGCUAGGGGUAUGAAGGAAUGUCCAUCUAAUGAAAAUCAUUGGUACAUGACUUUGGGGAUUACAAAGGUUACUUAUUUGCCACAUGAGAGUUUUAUGAAUUUGUAUAACAAAAUGGGACAUGAUUAUAAUUGGAAUGCAUGGAAAAAGACUCAAGAGGUAUUGGAUUCAAGAAUAGCCGCGUUUAAAUUGUUGAAGAAAAUUGAAAUCAAGAAAAUGAAAUUUCGAGCUAGUGAAUUUAAGGAUCGUAAUUUACUAGACAUGUGUUCUAUUUGUCACGAUGGAUUCUUAGAAGGUUGUGUGGUUUCUUGUAUUAAUAAGUGUUGUCAUGUCUAUCAUGAUACUUGCAUUUUGGAAUGGCUUUUAAGGAAUCGAUCUUGUCCUUAUUGUCGAUCCAAGUUAGCAUAG